GAUACAUGUCACAAAGUGUUAUAAAUAAAUCAUGACCACAUCAACAACCAGACGUGAAGAACGAUUGGAUUCUUCUGUAAGUUUCUCUCGAUCACGUGGUCCAAGCCAGCAAACAGAGGAAGAUGAUGAUGAUGACGACAUUCAGAUAUCUCUAGCUCCUUAUAUACAAAGUUACUUAGCACAAAGUGGCCAUAGGUUGGGCUGUUGUGGACAUUGUUUGCCAAUUCCUUUUGAACGUGCUGCUCGAAGGUCAUGGUGGGAUCCUAGAUUUGAUUCAGAAAUCCUAGAAGGUCAAUAUCGGAGGAGUUCCUUCCCUCAGGUGCGAUUAAGAUUUCAGUAUGCGUUGGGCUACAUAUUGGCAGUUGCACUUGCUUGGUUUGUCUACUUUGUAUCAAUAGGCCUAAGUGGCUUGAUUCAUAAUUGGGUUGCCAUUGCAGGAACUUUUGCGGUUUUAAUUUUCACUUUUGGGUCAAUCUUUGUUUUGACAUUCACCAAUGUUUACAGAGAUUAUACUUUUCCUAUAUCGAUAUGCAUUGCUCUUAUCAUUAGCAGUCUAUCUCUUAUUUUCAUUAUUAUUGUUUCAACAGACAAUACUUCACCUGACAUUACACCUGUUGGCCAGUAUUCGUUAUGUAUUGAGAUAUUACUCAUAAUUUAUACUGUGAUUCCAUUACCACUCUAUGUGUGUGUAAUGAUAGGUGGCUUAUAUUCCAUAGUGUUUGAAAGUUUGUCAGCCUCAUUAAACUAUCAUGAUAUCAACAGUGUGGGAAUGGCACAAGGAGUAAUUGUGAGAGUGUUAUUGCAAUUGUGUGUUCAUUUUAUUGGCAUUCAUAUUUUAAUUAUGACUAAUGUUCGAAUGCGUGGUACUUUUAUGAAAGUGGGACAGUCUUUGCUAGUUCGCAAACAGUUAGAAAUGGAGAAACAGUUGAAAGAGAAGAUGAUACUCUCAGUUAUGCCUCCUAAAGUGGCUAAUUGGUUAAUGUUUGAAAGUGGUGGUGGAAGAGAUGAAGAGGCAGAUAAGUUUUGUUCAAGAGGAUCACAGCCAAGUGGAGGAGGAGAUAUUCGGUCACUUUUCCGUCCUUUUAACAUGCAUCGAAUGGAAGAAGUCAGUAUUUUGUUUGCUGACAUUGUUGGUUUUACCCGAAUGAGUUCAAAUAAAAGUGCUGAAGAACUAGUGAAUAUCUUAAAUGUGUUAUUUGAACGUUUUGAUGACCUCUGUGCUAUUCAUGGGUGUGAGAAGAUAUCCACGUUAGGUGAUUGUUAUUAUUGUGUUGCUGGAUGCCCUGAGCCUAACCCCGAACAUGCUAAAGCAUGUGUAGAAAUGGGCCUUGGAAUGAUAGAUGCCAUCAAGCAGUUUGAUGCAGAAACAAAUGAAGGUAAGAAUUAA